AGUUCAAUCGUGUAGUCAAUGGCAUAACAUAUUGAAAACAGUAGUAAUACUGUAGUAAUGCAUUCAAAUUGAAUGUCAGUUAUAUUAUAGACUUGUGUUAAGUAUUGUCUCAAACAAUGUACGCAUUAAUGCAUUCAAUCAAACGUUAAGUCAAACAUCAAUUAAUUUGUUGUUUAAAACAAUUGUUUUGUUAUUUUUAAAUCAUUUGCUAUCAAAACAAAUCUGUUAUUUAAGUGACAAAGUUAUGCAUUGAUUUGAUAACCAGUUAUGUCUUAUGUCAAGAGUUGCCAAACAAAGCCUUCAACUGAUGCAGCGUUAAGAAGAAGGAGUGCUUUGAUUGUUAAAUCAGAAGAUAAUAUCAACAAUCGAUAUAAAGCUAAUCUCAAACCAUGCCAUACAAGAAGUGACGCCAUCACUGAAUUGGAGAUUAUUUAUGACAAACUUAAUGAACAACUUUUAGACAGUGAUCUCUUAGACAGAGCUGAGAGAAGGGAUCUACCGAUUAGACAUCAGCUCUUUUGGACCAAUGAUUACAAUAAUAAUGAUAUCACUGAUAGUGUCGAUCGGAGACAAAAGUAUGUCAACAAUGAUAGCAAUAACAAUGCCAUCGAUUACGAGUCACUAAAUAAGAGGCGAUCGAUGGCCACAAUUGAAACCUUGGAAGCGCUUCGCAAUGAUUACGGUCCGAGUGGUAACAGAUGGACAACGAUGUCACGGACUCCACCCGCGCGACGGUCAGCCAUUCCGGACAUUAUUAAAGAUGACUUUGCGUUCAGAAAGUAUAACAAAAGUCUAAGUCAUUCGUAUUUGUGUGCAAACGAUGUCAUCAAAGGAUUCAAUUCAAUCAAAAGGAUUAAUAAUAAUAAAAACUAUUCAAUGAGUUAUUUGUUAAUGUCUUCAUCUGAUGAUGACAUCUAUUAUAAUAAUCAAUAUAAUAAUAAUAAUAAUACAAAUUAUGAUGAUUUGACAUAUUUAUCGAAAGCUAAUAUCAAAGAUGAUGACCUUUCUGGCCGUUGGAUCCGUCAAUCAUCAGCCAAUAACGUAAUACCACGACAUCCACCUUUUGGUAUUCCCAAUAAUAUUGUUUGCCAUUCUUCAUCUAAUGACUAUAUUAGAGCCGAAUUGGAUCCAAAAGAGUCAAACAAAGUACGAUUUCGAUGUAAAUCAUCGAUUCCUCACUUAAUUCGCGACGAUAUGGCCUUUCGGUCGCUUCGAAAGGAUUCAAAAGUUUCGGAUAAUAACUGUACGCCUAAUAUCUCAAUUCCACCGAAAAUGAAUUCAUAUCAAGUCUGACAUUGAUUUAGUCACUGAUGCCAUCAACUAUUUGAUCGUUUAGUCCAAUACUGAAAAUGAAUUACUGAUGAAUUAAUUGCCAAACUUUAAUUUUUUUAUAAUCAUAUAUAUAUAUAUUG